UCCUCACAAUGGGGGAGAAAGAAAGAAACCCUCGUAAUAAUAAUAAUCUCUACCCCCACAGAAGCAAAACCCUUUGCUUUCGUUUCGUUUAGCCAACAACAUAUUAUUCCCCAAAACUAGCUAAAACCCCCGCAGCCAUUGGUUUCUCCUUCAACGCACAAGCACAAGCACAACCAUCAACCAUGGCGGUCGAUCAACAAACUCAGAUUCAACUGUCCUUCAUCCUCGGCCCCGAUUCUUCCCACUUCGAAACCCUAAUUUCUCACCUCAUGUCUUCUUCAAACGAACAGCGCUCCCACGCCGAGUCUCUCUUCAAUCUCUGCAAACAAACACAACCCGACUCGCUCGCUUUGAAGCUCGUUCAAUCUCUCAACUCAUCUCCCAGUCUCGACCUUCGUGCUAUGUCCGCUGUUUUGCUUCGGAAACAACUCACCCGUUCUGGAGACGGCGACGACGAUUCCACUUUUAUCUACCCUCGCAUUGCUGAAUCCACUCGUUUGACUCUCAAGUCUCUUCUCCUCGCGUCUCUGCAGCAGGAGAGUGCUAAAUCUAUAGCUAAGAAGGUUUGCGAUACUAUCUCUGAACUUGCGUCUGCGAUUUUACCGGAGAAUGGAUGGCCCGAGUUACUUCCCUUCAUGUUCCAGUGCGUUGUUGCUUCUUCGGAUAACCCGAAUCUCCAGGAGUACGCUUUGUUGAUUUUCUCUAGAUUGGCUCAGUACAUUGGUGAAACGUUGGUUCCUCACCUGACUACUCUACAUUCUGUGUUUUCUCAGUCUUUAAGAAACUCCACAUCUGCUGAUGUUAGAAUCGCGGCUUUGGGUGCUGCCAUUAAUUUUAUCCAGUGUUUGUCAGAGCCUUCCGAUAGGGAUAUUUUUCAAGAUUUGUUGCCGUUGAUGAUGCAGACUUUGACUGAGGCAUUGAAUUCUGGGCAAGAAGCUACAGCACAGGAAGCCCUGGAGCUUCUCAUUGAAUUGGCUGGUACCGAACCGAGGUUUCUGAGGAGACAGCUUCUCGAAGUUGUUGGUUCAAUGCUUCAGAUUGCCGAAGCCGAGAGUUUAGAAGAAGGAACUAGGCACUUGGCUAUAGAAUUUGUCAUUACAUUGGCUGAGGCACGAGAAAGAGCUCCCGGCAUGAUUAGGAAAUUGCCACACUUCAUUAGCAAACUCUUUAGCGUGUUGAUGCACAUGCUUUUGGACAUUGAGGAUGACCCGGCAUGGCACACUGCCGAGAAUGAGGAUGAAGAUGCUGGCGAGACCACUAAUUAUGGUUUUGGACAAGAAUGUCUGGACAGGCUUGCUAUAUCUUUGGGUGGGAAUACUAUUCUUCCUGUUGCCUCUCAAGUUUUCUCAGCUUUCUUCGCUGCUUCUGAGUGGCAGAAGCACCAUGCUGCUCUCAUUGCUCUUGCCCAAAUUGCUGAAGGUUGCUCGUUAUGAUAAGAAACCUGGAACAGGUGGUUUCUAUGGUUCUGAACUCUUUUCAGCAUCCCCAUCCUCGUGUCCGAUGGGCAGCAAUUAAUGCAAUUGGACAAUUGUCUACAGAUGUAGGACCUGAGUUACAAACUAAAUAUAAUCAGUCUGUUCUGCCUGCGCUUGUUGGAGCCAUGGAUGACUUUCAGAACCCUCGAGUCCAGGCCCAUGCUGCUUCCGCUGUUCUUAACUUCAGUGAGAAUUGCACCCCAGAAAUUUUAACCCCUUAUUUGGAUGGAGUUAUUCGCAAGCUUCUUGUACUGCUUCAGAAUCAAAAACAAAUGGUGCAAGAGGGUGCUUUGACUGCUUUGGCGUCAGUUGCUGAUUCUUCACAGGAACUAUUCCAAAAGUACUAUGAUGCUGUUAUGCCUUACUUGAAAGCUAUUUUGGUCAAUGCAAAUGAUAAAGCUAAUCGUAUGCUUCGCGCUAAGUCAAUGGAGUGCAUUAGUUUGGUUGGAAUGGCUGUUGGAAAGGAAAAAUUUAAGGACGAUGCAAAGCAGGUCAUGGACGUGCUGAUAUCCUUACAAGGUUCGCAAUUGGAAGCGGACGAUCCAACAACAAGCUACAUGUUACAGGCUUGGGCUAGACUCUGCAAAUGCCUUGGACAAGAUUUUAUUCCUUACAUGACUGUUGUUAUGCCCCCUUUGCUUCUAUCAGCCCAGCUCAAGCCAGAUGUUAUCAUUUCAUCUGCAGAUUCAGAUGCAGAUAUUGAUGACGACGAUGAUAGCAUUGAGACCAUCACUCUUGGUGACAAGAGGAUAGGGAUCAAAACUAGUGUGUUAGAGGAGAAAGCUACUGCCUGUAACAUGCUGUGUUGCUAUGCUGAUGAGCUAAAAGAAGGGUUUUUCCCUUGGAUUGAUCAGGUUGCUCCUAUUUUAGUUCCUCUUCUCAAGUUUUAUUUCCAUGAAGAAGUUAGGAAGGCUGCAGUAUCAGGUAUGCCGGAGUUGUUACGCUCAGCCAAACUUGCUGUGGAGAAAGGGAAAUCUCAGGGUCGUAAUGAAUCCUAUAUAAAGCACUUGAGCGAUUAUAUAAUACCAGCAUUGUUGGAGGCUUUGCACAAGGAGCCUGAAGUGGAGAUUUGCGCAAGCAUGCUGGAGUCAUUAAACGAGUGUGUACAGGCUUGUAGUUUCUGACCCUGUCUUUUUGCAUUAGCAAUUAGCUCAAUUAGGACUUCCAACAUAUGCCAGGGGAUUAUUGUAUAGAGGGUGGAAAUGAAUAACAGCUUUGCUUUCUUUUUCUAAGGGGCCAAAUGUAUUCCAAAUACAGAAUAUUCAUUGCCCUCUUCUCUUUUUUUCUUCACCCAAUUGAUAGAAUCUUGGAAAGUAAUUUUUUUCCAUUGUAUGGUAGCUUGUUUUAGAAAAUAAUAU